ACGGGAAGGAAACCAAUGCCUCUCCGUAGAUCCUUCGCCGAUCCCCUUCCAUACUACCGCCGUUCACACAAGAGAACCCAAUUUCCAGCUGCCAGCACAGUCACCAUUACCACCCUCUCUCAGCCUACCAUCACCGACGUACAAGCUCUCCUCUCCACCUCCCUUUUCCCUUCUCGGAGAUCUGCCGCAUAAACCACCGGGCUCCCUCUCUGGCGCUUGCGCCGGCGAUCCCUUCUUAGUAAAGAACAUCUAAGAGCCCCAGCCACCUGAAAGCGGAGGUGAAAGCACGGAGAUAAGAACAGCCAUCGGAUAUUGGAAAAGGAGAUUUAUCGGGUUCGCAAGUGUUGCACGGUUAGGAGGUGCUGAUAAAAAAAAAAAAAAAAGGGAAAGAGAAGCAGGGCUGAGAAUUGGUGCUUCCAGUUUCAAGAAUUCCGGGCAGCGAAGGAGAUUUGAGCGAAGAGAGGGAUGUAGUAUUUGCCACUGUAUCUGCACUCAGGAUGGGCUGUGGAUCAGGCCAUCCUGGCGGUGGAAGAGCGGCUGGUGGUCAUCUGAUUCGGUCAUGACUGGGACGAAACCUGCAUGCAGAAACCCUGCAGUUUGCAAGAGGCGUUGGGUUCUAUGAUAUAUGCUGGAAAAUGUCAGGAUGGUGGGAUAGGGCAAUUAAUUGCUGUUAUGAUUUAGAAGUUUGAUUAAAACAAAAAGGUGGCAUUAUUUUUUGGAUUUAUGACAAUGGCCACCACAGAAGCCUUGGAAAUUUUGGGCGUGUUUUAGCAUGCACAGGAGCCUUGAAAAAAUUUUAAUGCUUUACACCUUAAAUCUUGUCUAUUAAAAAGGUUAUAAUCAUCCUAAAUCCGAGCAACAUAUAUCUUUAUCUAACUUUGUUCAAUUUUGUUUCAACAAUAAAAUAAAAUAUUAAAAAAAUUUCUCUCAAUUUUUCCUCUUUUUAUUCUACUCUAUUUUCCCCACUUUUAACAAAUGUUAGUAGCAAGAAGAAACAAAGAACAUAUGGUUCACAGUAUUAACCGUUAGGUGAAAUGAAUCCCCCAAUUUGAUUUCCAGAUAGUUCAAGUUCUUGCAAUUCCUUAAACUGAGCAAACAAGGUAGCAUUUGGUACCAUAAUCCAGGCAAGCUUUGAUCCCUCCUACGGUGAAAGCUGAUCCUAAUGACACGAAUUGUGGAUGGAUUGCACUCAACACCCUCCCACUGGCAACAGUCUUCUGCAUACCAGCAUGAAAAAACAGUUCCUUCUGGACUGUUCAUUGAACUUUUGAUUUGUAGUAGAGCAUCCCUUUCUUCAACCCUGCAACCAUGACACUUUAGGCACAUAAGCAAGAGAAAGAACAAGAAGAAAUUUGCUUAUGGUCUUUCACAACAAUGGAUGGUGCAGUGGUUGCCUCGAUGACAAGAGGAGGACUCUUGGGCAAAUAAUAGAAUCUAUGGACUAUGGAGAUGAAUAUCGUUAUUAAAGCCGACACUCUCAUGAUUGUUGCAAGUGGGAAGAAGUUGAAUGUAGCCUCACAAGCCCUCAUGUUGUCAAGAUUUUCUUUGAAAACAUUGGGGAAGAUAAAGAGUUAUUGGUUCCAGAUAUGAGUUUGUUUGUUCAACUCAAAGAAUUGCAAGAGUUACAUCUUCAACGCAAUAACAUUGGUGGAUUGAUUAACCCUGAUGAUGAGGUUCUUAUUUAUUCUUUAUUGCACUCUAAUUUUUGUUGUCCCUAUGUGUAGCCAUUGCUUUUAUCAUGAGUCUGGAUUCAUGAUGCAGCAUUAUGCAAACUUGAUUAAUUGCAACAUCUGGAUCUUUCAUCCAACUCAAUUGAAGAUGAUUUUGAGCAGCUUUGUUGGGGGAACAUGCCAUCGAGAACAUUAAUACUUUUUGCGGCUAAAUUGCUGCCACAUUUGCUGUUUGAGUGCCACAUUUCUAACAAUAUUUCCAACUUUUGAAUCUUAAUUUGCAUGGAAGUGGGAAGAGUACCAUGAUUAAUACAUUUUUUACUUUUUG